CCCUGAACUGUGAGGACGUCAGGAAACUCCACAAAGACGCAUAGUGUGUGUCUGUGUGUUGUAUUUCUGCCACUGUGAGGACCACUUUGAGAUUUACACAAGCUAAGGACAUUUCUAUACAAUGAGACAUCUCUAUAAGUCUCUGGGCCGUCCUCUGUCCCGCUGACAUUUAGGCAGAUAUAUAAACCGCCGUGCCAGACGCUCAGAGCCAGAAGACUCCUGCAGUGCAAUACUGAAGUACUGUAACACUCACCUGUCUGCCUACCUGUCACACUGAUCCAGGGACCGUCUGACCUCACAGCAUCAUGCUCACUAGGAACGUUGUUCUUCUGUUCUCUCUGUUCGUCCUGCUGGUGGAGGGAGACCUCGACUCCAACGAUGCUGGAAUACAAGCCAUGUCGACAGAUAAAGACUCCACCUCUGAUGAAGCCCCCACAGAGAGUAUGAACGCCGUCUCUCCUGAUCAGCCCGAUGAAUCCCAGUAUUAUGGAGGAGGACCUUCAGAUACCAGCAGCUCCAGUUCAGAGACUGCAGAGGCUCCACCAGCCAAUCAGGUGACAGCACCUGAACCUGCUGCAGCUGCUGCAAACAGUGUGGAGGAAGAAGAUGAGGAUGAGAGCUCCGACUCUGAAGAAGGAGGAAAGAAAAAGUUCAGCUCUCGCUCAGCCAAACCUCAGAGCCCUUCCUUCCCACCACAGAGCCCCGCCCAUGUUAUCCAAAGCCCCGCCCACACCCCUCAGAGCCCCGCCCUUCCUCCCCAGCCAAUCAUUCCUCAGCCGAAAGCUCUGGUGAGAAACCGAACGUCCAAGAGACGAUCCAGGACCAACCGGCGUCAGAUAUAAGACAUCAACGCACACAGUAACACACAAAGUAACACACACGUAGGUAUAAAAACAGUCACACAUGUGAACACAUAAACUCAGAUAAACACAUAUCAGGUUCAUGUUCACCUUCAGUCUGAAAAACUCCACUCUGCAGACACACCGAGCCAUCUGAUUGGUCGUCUGAUUGGUCGACCAGAAUGAUUACAGGUGUCCAGGAUCCAGGGGCUGUAUUCGAACUAAGUUUAUUUGUGCAGCGUGUUUGGACACAAUUACUCCUCUAAAAAAAGAAAAUAAUCUUCAGGAGAUAAAAGUCACUUUAUUUUAAUCACAGCUGUGAGAAAAAACUAAUGAAUUAAUUAUCUGAACUGUUUGUGAGUUUGUGUUUGAUUUUUUGGUCAAAGUUGUGACAAACAGGUUCAUCAGAUGACUUAGAGAAAUAAACUAAAAUGUUUUCUGACUCAAAGUUCACACUGAUUUAAUUAUUUUCAGUCAGUUUCUCAGUCUGUCAGUUGGGAGCCACUUUGUCCCCUGAUAUGUUAAUUAAUUGGGCCCCUGGACUCCCUGCAGACAUUACUGUGUUAAAUCAGCUCAGUUUAUAUGCUGUUAUAUGUUUUUUACUUUCAUUCAUUCAUAAAUUCAUAACUAUAAACAAACACAUUUAAACAACAUGAUGUUCACAUGUUCUGUUUGUUACUUUUGUCAUAUUUGAAUAAAGUUUAACUGAACAUGAA